CCUUGAAACUGACCCACAUGUGGUGGGACGAAGAUGCGCAAGGUAUAAAGGUGAUGAGCCACAGCCGCCUCGGAUCAGUGUCACUCUUCGCCGUGUGAUUGUGAUCGCGAAGUGUGCUGUGGAAUUACGAAGCAAAAUGUCUCCACUAUCCCUAGUGGGGAUAAUCCUAGUCACCCUCUCCCCCUCCCUGGCGGACGUCUCCCACGUCCUGGACGGCUCAGCCCACCCCCCUGACCCCCAAGCCGUCAACCAUCUCGCCACCCCUGAACAGUACUGGUGGAUGAACUCAAACUCACCCCUCAAAGCCGCCUACGACUACUACAAAAAAUGCAACGCCAAAGGCAACUGCAUCACGCCCAUAAACCCAGACGCCGCCCCACAACCCUUCCAACCCCAGCCCCACCCCCAGCCGCUCGACGUCAAACACAACCCCUUCCUCAACGGUAAAUACAACCCCCAGGAAAACACCGCCAAAUUAAACGAAGGCGGUAACAUUGACAUUGCGAAAAACCCGUUUUUGAGCGGGAAAGUUGUGACCAGUGGCGGCGGCGACGCAGUCGUCAAAGGACAGGAUGGUUUCCUGGGGGUGCAACCGGCACAGCCCUUCAAAAAACCGGGAUUUGCAACCACACAUCCUUUGGAUGCGAAGAAAAAACCUGGAUUUGCUACAACUCACCCCUUGGAGAAGACGUCCAAGAAAACAGGGGUGGAGUGCAAGGGGGCGGGUUUUGGUUGCGUCGAAAAAAAGUUGUGCGUUAAUGGAGUGGUGAAUAAAAAUGGAGAAGGAUUGUUGCAGACGAGGAGUGAUGUGCAUUACUGUACCGACGAGGAAGUCUGCUGCCAACUCAACAACCUGAACGAAAUCACGCAAGGAAAGAGCUCAGUUCCGGGCUCAACGAUUAAAUUCGCCGGAGGCGCCGGAUUCAGUCCCGGAUUCAUCCACGUUCAACCAUUGAACGUCCAACCAGAUAUUGUUUUCGCAGGAGAACAUGGACACCACUCAAGCUCAAGUACCUCAAAAUCGAUCAGAGAUACCUCAUUGAGCCCCAAUUCAGUGUUCUCAAGCACAGUCGAUUAUAGCGACACGAAGUUUGAUAGCGAUGUAAGAUUCGCUUCGACUUUCCAAGGACCGGCUUAUCUACCCCCAGUCGCCCCAACUACCCCUAAACCCAAACCCUUCGAACAGUCGAGCAUCGACAACCAGUACGUCACACGCCCGACCCCACCGAAAUACGUGCCGCCAAGUCCGACGGUUCCGACCCCUUCUCCGACCUACAGGCCGACCCCUUCUCCGACCUACAGGCCGACCCCAUCCCCGACUUAUAGACCGACCCCAUCUCCGACCUACAGGCCUGCCCCAUCUCCAACAUAUGCACCUGCCCCAUCUCCAACUUAUAAACCAGCCCCAUCUCCAACCUACAGGCCUGCCCCAUCUCCGACAUAUGCACCUGCCCCAUCUCCUUCUUAUAGGCCUGCCCCAUCUCCAACUUACAGGCCUGCCCCAUCUCCGACAUUUGCACCGGCACCGUCUCCAACAUACAGACCGACCCCAUCUCCAACCUACAGACCUGCCCCAUCUACAAGUAGGGAGUAUCUGCCACCAGUUUCCCCAACUUCGAGACCAAGCACUGCGAUAACACAUUAUCAACCUCCUCAAACUACUCAACGGCCGUAUCAACCACCAUAUCAACCUCCUCAAACAACGCAAAGACCGUAUCAACCGCCUUAUCAACCCCCACAAACAACGCCAAGACCGUACCAACCUCCUCAAACAACACCAAAACCAUAUCAACCACCUUAUCAACCUCCCCAGACCACGCCAAGACCGUAUCAACCUCCUCAAACAACUCCAAAACCGUAUCAACCUCCAUAUCAACCUCCUCAAACAACACCAAGACCGUAUCAACCCCCAUAUCAACCUCCUCAAACAACACCACGACCAUAUCAACCCCCUUAUCAACCUCCUCAAACAACGCCAAGACCGUAUCAACCCCCAUACCAACCUCCACAAACGACCCAACGGCCUUAUCAACCCCCUUAUCAACCAUCAACUUCAAGACCAACCACAAGUCGGGAGUAUUUACCCCCCCAGCCAUCAUCUCCAAGACCUCCAAGUCCAUUCGUACCCCAACAAACAACCCCCAGGCCCACGUAUCAACCCCAGCCCAUCCCUAGUGUACCCCAACCGCGUCCAACGCCACCUCCCUACAGACCAAGUCCCCAACCAAGCUCCACCCCCGGAUAUCAAUACCCCAGUCCUAGCCCCCAACCCCCAUACCGACCAAGUCCUUCAAUUCCUCAACCAAGUCCCCAGCCACGCCCACGUCCGACCUCUCCCCCAUUCCGCCCAACUCCCUCCAUACCCCAAUUCCCAUCACCCUCAACUCCACAAUACACACCAGCGCCACCGCAACCUCAACAACCAACCGGCGGUUACGAGUACCCUAAACCGACCCCAACUUUCGGGUACCCCACACCACGACCGGGCGGUUCCAGCAGCAACGUCAAUAAUCAGUAUGUACCCCCUCCCAAAAAACCCACAGAAGGUGACCAAAGUUCCGAUGCUGCCAACCUUGAUGGUACUAUUUUACGUCCAACGACCCCCCGAGCCCAAUUCCAAGGCGAACUCAACACAGCCCCACCACCAGGAUGUGCAGCUGCUCUUAAAUGUGUACAAGAAAUUUACUGUACAGCAGAAGGGGUCAUUUCUCCAGUACCAGUAGUACUAACAAAAGAACAAGAAUUGAGCCGAGUACCGACGACGGUGUGUCAAGACACCGAAUCGGGUAUCAUCGGGAAGUGUUGUCGCGACCCCAAUUAUAAAGAUCCAUGGCCGUCUGCGAAUCUCGUAAAUGGGGUAGACGACGGACAAUACAAAGAAGACGACAGUAUCGGGCAAUAUUCACCCGAUUUACAAAGAAACGUACGAUCGGAGACAGGGGGCCCACGACAGGAUGCCUCAAAUAUCAACGUAAAUGUACAACAGCCCCAACCAAAAUGUGGGGAAAGGCACCCAAAUACCAGCCCGAAGGGCCCGGGCCCCCUUGAUGUCAAUUUCGCCGAAAUACCAUGGCAGGCCAUGGUUUUGCGCGACUCCAAUCGCAGUCUUUUGUGCGGGGGGGCGAUAAUCAGGCGCAAUGCUGUCAUCACCGCCGCACACUGCGUUGAAGGGCUUGAAACGAGCGAUAUUUUGGUGAAAGGGGGCGAAUGGAAGCUCGGUAUUGACGAAGAGCCUCUACCUUUCCAAAUUGUUAAGGUGGCAGUGGUGGUGCGUCAUCCACAGUACCAACCUGGUUCCUUCGUCAAUGAUUUAGCCCUUUUGGUUUUGGAGGAGAAACUAAGACCGUCGAAAAAUAUCGGAACUUUGUGCCUUCCUCCGCCUAAUCAAAUUCCGACCGAAAAUUGCAUAGCCACCGGUUGGGGCAAAAGAAUCUUACAACUUCACGCCAAAGGUGCGAUUAUGCAUUCGAUAAACGUCAAUGUUAUGGAUAAUCAGCAAUGUCAAGAGACUCUAAAGAGCAAAUUCCAACACGCUGUUGGGAAUCACAGCCCGAAUACGCUGUGUGGCUACUCGGACAUCGACCAGUGCAAGGUGGACUAUGGUAGUGCAAUGGCUUGCUACAAGGACGGUGGCUACACCCUCUCGGGGAUUUACGCGUGGGACACUGGGUGUAAACAAGAGGGGCAAAUCGGUGGUUAUGUGGCCCCCGACGUUGAUUGGAUCGAAUCGACGUUAGCUAAGCCAAUCACAGAGCUCAAAAAACUCGAACAUUAGUGAGAUUUAAUAAGACGAGGUGAAUUAAUCAGGGAUGUGUUGCGAGGGUUAAAGUAUCGAAAACUGCCAUAUUGGACCGUGUAAUAUAAAUCUAAUUGUAAUUAUUUGAUUUUUUAUUUAAGUGUAAUACUGUACUAGGUUAGAUAUUAUUUAUAACCGACUUGGUAAAUAAAAUUAUUUUAAUAUAAAA